AGAACCUUCUGAUUUUGGCAGUGGUGGCAGUUUGAGAUCAACUGCACAAAGUGGAGGUCAGGAAGGUGCAGGUGGUGGAGUCGUCUCUCUUAGGGCCUCUCAUUUUCUGGAAAUAGAUGGAAUCAUUGAUGUCUCAGGAAAACAAUCUGACACAGUUGGCUGUGGUGGUGGAGCUGGUGGCAGCAUUGUGAUCACUGGUGCACAUAUAGCAGGUCGUGGCAGCAUCAGAGCUAAUGGUGGAGCUGGGUCUUGUGUUCCCAACUGCAGACUGUGCGAUUUGGAGCGUCGCUGCAUUGCUUGCAAUGAUGGCUAUUAUCUUUUCCGUCAGGCUUGUGUUAUAUGGGAUUGCUACGUUUACUCUUCUUCUUGCUGCAAGGGUGAUCCUUACUGUGGACAGAUUAGAGGGGGUGUUGGAGGGGGAGGACGCAUAUCAGUAACAGCAACUUCCUCCUACACCUACCUGGGAGACUACCAGACAUAUGGUGGAAGGUCACAGUCUGAAGUAGGUGGCUCAGGAACCACCUUCCUUUCCACUCCUGCAAAAAAUUCUACAUCACAAGAAACUUCCCUCAUCUUAAACAAUUACAACAAGGGCCCAUUGGAAGUGUCAAUUAACAACAUCAAUAAUGAUAGUGGAAGAACUUACAUCCUGGUCACUGAAAAUGAGAGCUUUGAUAGUGUUGUCAUUCGUGGCUAUGCUCAUCUAGCAUUCCGAAAGAGAACAGAUGUGACCCACAGUGUUUCCAUUGCUAUUGGAACUCUUCAAGGAGACAAUACUGGGAUGGUGCAUUCAUCCCAAGAGCUACAUGUGGGAAUUGCAGAGUGUGAUGAUCCAUUCCCAACAUCUCUCCGAGUUUAUGAUAACUCUCAGAUGGGGCUUCCCAGAAACAUGAACCUGAAGCAGCUGCAGUUCAAGACAGUCUACAUCAAUGGCACUAUAUCAGGGCUGCAAGACUUACAGAUUGGAGAGGGCGUCACUGUGCUACUUGGUCAGCUGGGAGGGAUGGAGAAUGUUGGAAUGCGACAGUACAGCAUCAACAGCCUGGACAUCUCAGCAGAUGGAGUGUUAGCUGCUGACUAUGUGGAAGAGUUGAAUCCAUCAGUUAUUCUUCAGGUCAACUCUACUGUCAGGCUGCAUGCAGGCAGUGCAAUCACGGCGCCUUGGGUGAAAGUGAUCACUACUAGCCUACAAGUAGAUGCAGCUGCUGUGAUUGAUACCAGUGGCACUGCACCAGAUGGCAUGAAACAGAACGGUGUUGACAAUCCUUCAGGAGGUGGUUCUGGAGCUGGAAGUGCUGCAGCAGGUGGUCAAGGCACAUUUACAGAGCUGGCUGGCCCUUCACCUUACUAUGGUUCCUUGUAUCUGCCUCAUGAGUAUGGAGGAAAUGGUGGAACAGGUGGAGGAUCUGCUUCAGAUGCAAGAUGCUCUCCACAGGUCCAACAUGAGGGUGGCCAUGGAGGAGGUGUGAUAGAGCUAGAGGCCACUGAUAUCAGAAUUGAUGGGCAGUUGCUAAGUGAAGGCAAACCUGGGUCUGGAGCACGGGCUGGUGGAGGAGCUGGUGGCAGCAUCAAAAUCCGCUGCAAGAACUUCCGAGGAGAUGGCACACUGUCAGUUCGUGGAGGGAAUGUUGCUGCAGGAACAACAACAUGUCGUGGCGGUGGUGGUGGAGGUGGACGAGUAGCAAUCUACUAUUCCCAGUCUUUCUUUGACGGAGAGGUUCAGGUUAAUGGAGGGGGUAAUGGGUAUGAAUGUGGAGGAUCAGGAACUGUGAUUUGGAAAGAUGAGAAUGAAAUAGGCUUCAGGCUUCAUGUGGACAACAAAGACACCUGUGAACCCCUCCAGACAGCCAUUGAUUUUGGAAUUCUAUCUGACACUCAUCGUGGUGAGCACAGCUUUCAUACCUGGCUGUAUGACCCCUUGGGUGGUCACAACCAUGUGUUUCUUGCUGUUAGUAUUUUUGGAGGAGCUCAUCUGGCCCUGCAUAGGCGCAACAUUGAUGAUUUCACGCAAAGGAUUCAGAUUAAGAGAACAGGUGGUGACAAAAGUGGUUGGCUACACCUAGGUCCUAAACAAGAAUUGACAGCUGAGUUACCACUAGACUCACCGGAGCUUCAGUUUAGUGUGAGGUCCUAUCCAGGUAGUGUGAUGAGAGCUGACAACACCCUCACACUGCACAACAUGACACUUGACCUUCAAGGGCUGCUGGAAGGUGUCAACAAUCUCAUCAUUGCACCCCAUGGGGAUCUCAUUCUCAGACUAUUAGGCAAUUCGUCAACUACCUUGAGAAAUGAAGUUCAGUUUGGAUCACUGCACAUCCAAGGUGGGGGGACACUACAGGUGCGAAGUCAGGGUCAGGGGAUACGCUUGAUCGGAGACUACAUACGAGUGGACAGUGGUGGGCGACUGGAGCUGGACAAGCUGGAGCUGGUCACAAGAGAACUUGAAAUUCAUGAUUUUGGCAUAAUUUCAGCUACUGGAGAGUCAACACGUACCAGUGCAGGCAUUGGUGAGUUUGGUGGUGGAGCAGGCCAUGGUGGACAGGGUGGUGUUGCCAUCAGCAGCCAAGUAGGGGGAAAGUAUUAUGAUGAUGUCCGACAACCCACUUUGCCCGGCAGUGUUAGUCGAGAGGGCAACAUUGAGAUCAAGGUGGUGGCUAUAUUCACAUCAUCGCCAACAUCACUCGCCUUGAUGGUAUAAUUGAAGCUGAUGGAGCAGAUGCAACGGAGAGAGCUGGAGGAGGAAGUGGUGGUGGAAUACUUUUGGAAACCGAUUCUCUGUAUGGCAAAGGAUCUAUACAUGCUAACGGUGGAAAAGGCUUAUCUACAACUGGCGGUGGUGGUGGAGGAAGGAUAGCUGUGUUCUACAAUAGCCAAGAAUUCACAGGCAGCUACUAUAGCUUUGGAGGGGCAUCGGGAAAUUCCUCUGCAGUUGGUGGGCCUGGCACUGUCUACAUUGAGCAGAGAGGGCAGAACAGGAGACUUUUUGUUAGCAACAUACCGGGAACACCAGAACUAACCGCAUUCCAAACUACUCAGAAGACACCAUUAUUCGUCAAGAUGGAGGCCGUGCAUGGCUGACCAUGCCUGGCACCUACAGCCUGAUCUUAGAUGAGCUCCACCUGACUGCUGGUGCUCACCUGGCCCUUGAGCCCAAUUACAACAGCAACCACAACUUUGAGGUCACGGUUGGCAGAUUUGUGGGUACUGAAAACAUCCAUGACAGGUCUCAAAUUGGUACUCUUCAUGUUGGUCCAAAUCACCAAGUCAAACUCUCCCAGUCUGAUCUGUACAUUCCACUCAACUUCCAUGUCUAUCUUGGAGGCUACCUUGGUUUACCUACCAAGCAAAGCUGUACAACUUAGACUGCUCCGUCAAUGGUACUUUAGGAGGAGUUCAAGAUCUUGCA